AUGCCUUCCCGUCGCAAUAAUAGAGUUUUUCAUCGCUGCGUCAUUAAAUACCCCUACAACAAUAAACUGGUGGAGAUCCAAAUAGAGGUCGAUCGACUAUUCUAUUCCUGUGCUCUAAGGCGUUUUGCCAUCGAGUACCAGAUCCCUGGAGAUCCAGACCCGACGUCCAGGAAACUCAUCGACGCCAUAAAUGAUCUGGCCAGCAACGUGGUUGACCGGGAAAUGGGUCACCGACAGAGUCACCCCGUACUAGUCGGAAGAGCAUGGUCAGUAGACCUGCUUAAUCGUGGCCGCAAGGUCCUCCGUCUUCAGCCUCUCCAAGCCGAGCGAGCUUUUGAGCACGUCGGGCGUCAUCAGAAUGGCACGCGUACCCUUCCUAUUCUCAUCGCUGACGACGACUGA